UCAGUCAGUGCUGAGAUGAGCUAGAAGUCAGUACGCGGUCAGUCGGCAUGCCAAAGGGGCUUGACCCAUUCCUUUAGUUAUUUUUUUGUGCAUACUUCAACAUCGAAAUGUCUCCUUCGGAAUCACCUCGGUUUUUCUCUGAGAAGGAGGUAGCCAAUCAUUCCACCAAAAACUCAUGUUGGGUAUUAACGGGGACGAGAAUUUAUGAUGUGACGGGAUUCCUUCGUAUUCACCCGGGCGGAGAGGCUCUAAUAUUAAGCCGGUCAGGGAAUGAUAUCAGGAUGGAGAUGGCGGGACCCCCACACCUGCACUCGGAGAACGCAAGGCGGUGGAUGGAACAGUACUACAUCGGAGAGCUGGACACAGACGGUAGUGCCGAUGAAAUACAGACGGCGAGGGAGAGGAAGAAGACAGUGGAUGAGGAGACUUCACCCAUUAGCAAAUGCAGUCAAGUCAACCUGGACACGGACCUGGUGGACUGGCAGAAGCCCCUGGCCUGGCAGGUGGGCAACCUGGGAGAGAAAUACGAGACCUGGGUGCACCAGCCUGUGAAUCGGCCCAUUCGCCUGUUUGGGAACGAGUUCAUGGAGGCCAGCACCAAGACAUCCUGGUAUAUGGUCCCUGCUGUGUGGAUGCCACUGGUGUUCUAUCUCAGCUGGUACUGCUACACCACCUUGGCUCAGGAGACAACCAGACUAUUCGCCAGCACAGACUAUUCCUUCCUGGUGCACAAGUACAGCUUUCCGCUCAUCUUUGUGAUGGGCAUGGUCACGUGGACCUUCAUCGAAUAUUGCGUCCAUCGCUUCGUCUUUCACAUGCGCCCGCCCGCCCACAACUAUUACCUCAUCACCAUUCACUUCCUGCUGCACGGACAGCAUCAUAAGUCUCCCUACGAUGGCUCCCGCCUAGUCUUUCCUCCUUGCCUGGCCUCAGUGGUGAUAGGCAGCUUCUACCUGCUGCUGACCAAGUCCUUCCCUGAGGCCUUAGGGGUGUCCCUGUUUGUGGGGGGGCUGUUUGGGUACGUGGUGUACGACAUGAUCCAUUACUACCUUCACUACGGCUCCCCCCAGAAAAACUCCUACCUGUACAGCCUCAAGGCAUACCACGUCAAGCACCACUUUGAAAACCAAAGAGCAGGAUUUGGAAUCAGCACCACAUUGUGGGACUAUCCGUUCAACACACUGAUCCCUGAACAGACCUUUCAGAAGACCCAACUUACUCUACUCUCCACUGGGGGGCGACCUUCACCCAUCCCUCUUAGACCUGGCAAUCAACCCCUUCAAUGACGCCACACCCUUUGACCCCAGCCUGUCCCUAUAGUCUGUCUGUCUGUCUGUCCUUGUCUUUGUCUCUGGCUGGCUCUGGCUGCUUCGAACAAAACACAACACAACAACACACACUUCUCCAAUAUGUUCCACCUGUCAGUCAAAGAAGAAAGGUAUCUUUUCAGAACUGGAGAGAUGGAGGUUCGGGGUGAUUCUGUAUGUUUUGUUUAUAAUCGACAACAUUAUCAAAUGAAGGUUGUAUGACUAUAAUGCAGUAAGGAGGAUGAUACAUGCAGUCACAGGAUAUAACAGUCAACAUCCCGCCAGAGACCGUAUAGCCAUCAAACUCAACUCUGGACCUUGAAGUCAGUUCCACUGGGUUUUUCAUUGUUCCCCUCUAAUAAGGGACUGAUUUAGACCUGGGACAUCAGGUGGGGUAAAUUCAUUAUCAGGCAGAACAGAAUACCAGCAGGCUCCGGACCUCGUAGGGUAAGAGUUUACCAACGCUGCAGUAGAGAGAGAAUAAGUGAGAGAGGGAAUGUGAAUGUGGAAGAGAGGAUAAAGAGUGAUGUUUAGGAGGGUGAAAGUUAGAGAUUAUAGUUGUCCUUAUAUACAGUUGAAGUUGUAAGUUUACAUACACUUAGGUUGGGGUCAUUAACUUGUUUUUCAACCACUCCACAAAUUUCUUGUUAACGAACUAUAGUUUUGGCAAGUCAUUUAGGACAACUACUUUGUGCAUGCCACAAGUCAUUUUUCCAACGAUUGUUUAUAGACAGAUUAUUUCACUUAUAAUUCACUGUAUCACACUUCCAGUGGGUCAGACGUUUACAUACACUAAGUUGACUGUGCCUUUUAAACAGCUUGGAAAAUUCUAGAGAUUGAUGUCAUGGCUUUAGAAGCUUCUGAUUGACAUCAUUCGAGUCAAAUGGAGGUGUACCUGUGGAUGUAUUUCAAGGCCUACCUUCAAACUCAGUGCCUCUUUGCUUGACUUCAUGGGAAAAUCAAAAGAAAUCAGCCAAGACCUGAGAAAAAAAUUGAAGGUACCACACUCAUCUGUACAAACCAUAGUAUGCAAGUAUAAACACCAUGGGACCACACAGCCAUCAUACCGCUCAGGAAGGAGACGUGUUCUGUCUCCUAGAAAUGAACGUACUUUGGUGCGAAAAGUGCAAAUCUAUCCCAGAACAACAGCAAAGUACCUUGUGAAGAUGCUGGAGGAAACCGGUACAAACGUAUCUAUAUCCACAGUAAAACAGGUCCUAUAUCGACAUAACCUGAAAGGCCGCUCAGCAAGGAAGAAGCCACUGUUCCAAAACUGCCAUAAAAAUAUUCUAGACUAUGGUUUGCAACUGCACAUGGGGACAAAGAUUGUACUUUUUGGAGAAAUGUCCUCUGGUCUGAUGAAACAAAAAUAGAGCUGUUUGGCCAUAAUGACCAUUGUUAUGUUUGGAGGAAAAAGAGUGAUGCUUGCAAGCCGAAGAACACCAUGUCAACUGUGAAGCAUGGGGGUGGCAGCAUCAUGUUGUGGGGGUGCUUUGCUGCAGGAGGGACUGGUGCACUUCACAAAAUAGAUGACAAUAUGAGGAAGGGAAAUUAUGUGGAUACAUUGAAGCAACAUCUCAAGACAUCAGUCAGGAAGUUAAAGCUUGGUUGCAAAUGGGUCUUCCAAAUGGACAAUGACCCCAAGCAUACUUCCAAAGUUGUGGCAAAAUUGCUUAAGGACAACAAAGUCAAGGUAUUGGAGUGGCCAUCACAAAGCCCUGACCUCAAUCCUAUAGAAAAUUUGUGGGCAAAACUGAAAAAGUGUGUGCGAGCAAGGAGGCCUUACAAACCUGACUCCGUUACACCAGCUCUGUCAGGAGGAAUUCACCCAACCUAUUGUGGAAAGCUUGUGGAAGGCUACCUGAAAUGUUUGACCCAAGUUAAACUAUUUAAAGACAAUGCUCCCAAAUACUCAUUGAGUGUAUGUAAACGUCUGACCCACUGGGAAUGUGAUGAAAUAAAUUAAAGUUGAAAUAAAUCAUUCGCUCUACUAUUAUUCUGCAAUUUCACAUUCUUAAAAUAAAGUGGUGAUCCUAACUGACCUAAGACAGGGACAUUUUCCUAUGAUUAAAUGUCAGGAAUUGUGAAAAACUGAGUUUAAAUGUCUUUGGCUAAGGUGUAUGUAAACUUCCGACUUCAACUGUACAUCUAAGCUGUCCAGGUUUAUACCUUUUAAGAAAAUUCAGGAAAGUCCCUUCUCUAUCCCUGGAGUGUUUAUGCAGCUAGAGGUCAAGAGGUAGUAAUACUUUUAGUAACGCUUAGUAACAUUGUUAUGGGGACUUAACCCCAUUCUCAACAUUAUAUCACAGCUAUGCUGUUUUGACACAGAAAAUUGCUGUUGACAGCGUGUGCCCACUGAAUUCACUGAUGGUUAGUCUGUAGUGUCUUUCUUAAACUGGGGUAUUUCCUUUUCAAAUCUGUGGGAAGGUAUGGAGGGAGCUGAUUUAGUCUUUCACUAUGUUGAGAAUCAUUUAUAUUUCAACAAUGUCUUUCUAUUCAGUAAUGGUAUGAAUAAAUGUAUAGAAAUAUUCAUACAAACAAAGGGAGACUGCAUCUUUCCCUUUCCAUCUCUCUCCUAUACACUCUGGUUUGUUGUUGACAUGACAAAUGAAGCAUCAGAAUGAGUUGAUGUUUUACUAGGUGGAGAGAGAUGGAGUGAGAGGAAGAUGGAUGUGUGUUGUCAUGGAUACAGAGACAGAACACUGAGGGCAUGAGGCCAGUCUAUCAGGCCUCCUGCUGAAGGGAGGAGCACAUGGCUACAGAAUGGAACUGAUAAGGACUCCACUAUAGGUUCCUGUGCCCCUCUCUGCAUGUAGGAUGACGAUCUUGCAUCAGACUAAACCACAGGGGAGGCUUUCGGUUCAAUUCCAGGCCGAUCCUCGACUGUUCUGACUAGUUUUAUAUCCUAAAGUUUCUAGCCUUUUUACCAUCUUCUGCAAUCCAUAUGUUUUUGUUCAUUCCCUUAUUCCCCCUUUUCAUUUGUCCUUUGGGUGAAGCCGCUAAAGAUAACCCCAAAAACUCCUACAUUUCCUCAGGGGACCAUGGAGAGAGGAGACUGUGACAGGGGACUGGGGCCUCACAAAGUACAUGCGUCUCACAGUGAUUUGAACCAUUAGGUCAUAACGUAGUGUGUGUGUAUAUAUAUAUAUAUAUCAGUGAGGGGGAAAAGUAUUUGAUCCCCUGCUGAUUUUGUAUGUUUGCCCACUGACAAAGAAAUGACCCAUCUAUAAUUUUAAUGGUAGCUUUAUUUGAAUAGUGAGAGACAGUAUAACAACAACAAAAAAUCCAGAAAACACACGUCAAAAAUGUUAUAAAUUGAUUUGCAUUUUAAUGAGGGAAAUACUUAUUUGACCCCCUCUCAAUCAAAAAGAUUUCUGGCUCCCAGGUGUCUUUUAUACAGGUAACGAGCUGAGAUUAGGAGCACAGUGUGCUCCUAAUCUCAGUUUGUUACCUGUAUAAAAGACACCUGUCCACAGACGCAAACAAUCAAUGAGAUUUCAAACUCUCCACCAUGGCCAAGACCAAAGCGCUCUCCAAGGAUGUCAGGGACAAGAUUGUAGACCUUCACAAGGCUGGAAUGGACUACAAGACCAUCGCCAAGCAGCUUGGUGAGAAGGUGACAACAGUUGGUGUGAUUAUUCGCAAAUGGAAGAAACACAAUAGAACUGUCAAUCUCCCUCGGCAUGGGGCUCCAUGCAAGAUCUCACCUUGUGGAGUUGCAAAGAUCAUGAGAACGGUGAGGAAUCAGCCCAGAACUACACGGGAGGAUCUUGUCAAUAAUCUCAAGGCAGCUGGGACCAUAGUCACCAAGAAAACAAUUGGUAACACACUACGCCGUGAAGGACUAAAAUCCUGCAGCGCCCGCAAGGUCCCCCUGCUCAAGAAAGCACAUAUACAUGCCUGUCUUAAGUUUGCCAAUGAACAUCUGAAUGAUUCAGAGGACAACUGGGUGAAAGUGUUGUGGUCAGAUGAGACCAAAAUGGAGCUCUUUGGCAUCAACUCAACUCGCUGUGUUUGGAGGAGGAGAUAUGCUGCCUAUGACCCCAAGAACACCAUCCCCAAUGUCAAACAUGGAGGUGGAAACAUUUUGCUUUCCGGGUGUUUUUCUGCUAAGGGGACAGGACAACUUCACCGCAUCAAAGGGACGAUGGACAGGGCCAUGUACUGUCAAAUCUUGGGUGAGAACCUCCUUCCCUCAGCCAGGGCAUUGAAAAUGGGUCGUGGAUGGGUAUUCCAGCAUGACAAUGACCCAAAACACACAGCCAAGGCAACAAAGGAGUGGCUCAAGAAGAAGCACCUGGCCUAGCCAGUCUCCAGACCUUAAUCCCGUAGAAAAUCUGUGGAGGGAGCUGAAGGUUUGAGUUGCAAAACGUCAGCCUCGAAACCUUAAAGACUUGGAGAAGAUCUGCAAAGAAGAGUGGGACAAAAUCCCUCCUGAGAUGUGUGCAAACCUGUUGGCAAACUACAAUAAAUGUCUGACCUCAGUACUUGGUGGCAAAAUCCUUGUUGGCAAUCACAAAGUCAUGUUUUGCAGAGGGGUCAAAUACUUAUUUCCCUCAUUAAAAUGCAAAUCAAUUUAUAACAUUUUUGACAUGUGUUUUUAUGGAUUUUUUGUUGUUGUUGUUAUUCUGACUCUCACUGUUCAAAUAAACCAUUGAAAUUAUAAACUGAUCCUUUCUUUGUCAGUGGGCAAACGUACAAAUAUAUAUAUCACUACAGCUAAGGAGACGUCCUGGGUCCACAGUCUCCUAUCACCUCCAUUGGGGCUUGAUGGGGGUGAUUUAUAUGCCAAGAGAGUAAUUCUUCAUCACAUAAAUAUGUGUAAUCCAGUAUUUGCUUUACUGUAUAAAAUCCUCCUCCUUGCAGUCAUUUAAAUGGGGGUGGGAGUGGUCUGUUUGGAACUCAGGUCAGGUUUGGGGUCAGGACUCAGGGUCUGGUCGUGUUCACGUUGUGUUCGGACAGAGAACUGUCAGUGGAGGAUCAGUAAGAUACCCGGAUUAGCAUCAAGAACUCAUCUCACAGUAGUGACUAUGCACAUUCAAGACAAUAUUUGUACCUGUGCUUAUGACUUUUGUAUGAUUAACAUUUCAUGACUUGAUGAAGAACCAAAUAUUGUUGUGAUAUGAUAAUAAGGAUGAUAAUAAGGAUGCUGAUGGUGUUGAUAAUAAUGGCAUCUGAGUUUGGCAUGCCCCCUCCCCCCUCCUCUGUAUCAACACCCACCCUAUAGCCUUUGACUGGACCAAGCAUCUUGCUGAGCAGCCACCUGUUGUGUUAAAGUACUAUAGGCCUGUAGGUACAUUUUUCUAUAUUUAUUAACAACUUGUAAGCUUUGAUUCUGACAAAUGAAAUUCUCUGCUCAAUUAUGCAAUAAUAUUGUAAAAUCAGUUUAGCACAUGUUUUGCCUUUUGUUUUGGAAUUUCAAAUGUCUAUGCAAAUGGAGAAGUAUCAGUAAAUAAAUGUCUUUAUAUUUCUGA